GAAGCCAAGCAUCUAGCGGACACACUAGCUUCGCACCAUGGUCGUCCAGUGGCGAGCUUCAUGUCCACGCACAGGAGCCACAUCAACUCCAUGUGUCAGUUCCUGCUGGGAUACCGCUACGAUUUAGACGAUCCGCGGUUUGCCCCACUCCAAGAAGCUGUGUCGGCCUUUAAGCUACAGACAGCAGCUGCACCCAUUGAACACAGAGCGGCUUGGUUGCGACGUACGCUGAUCGAAACCCUCUGGCCCAGCUCCAUCAGUGCAAACCGUCGGCAUAAAAUAUCCAAACUCAACGCCGUGCUCAGAGAAUUAGUUCAGACGAACGAGAAUACCAAGAACAGUGGGCGUGCGGCAAGCUACAUUGACCUGUACAUGGAGAAGAUCAGCGAAGCAGAGGAACACCAGAAAAAGUAUUUCAGAGCUACGUAA